CCGUGUGUGAUUCAUAGGCAAAAUUAUCACUUUCACAUUCUCUGUAGAAUGUAUAGAAUUCAUGCAUGAAGCUUAGGGGACUCCUGGGGAGAUGUUUUUCAGAUUGGCUGAUCUGAUGAUGUUGGGAAAUUCACUCGGUCUUGUCCCGUGACGGCAACCCCACAGGCAGCCAGCACUGCUAUCAAAGCUCAUUUUAGUUAAUGAAUGACCUGUUAUUGAGGUCUUUGUCAUGUCCAAAACAUCCAGGGGGCUCCCACAAUUUAUCUCCACAUUCACUCUUUCAGGGAUUCGAAAAGGUCACAAAGUGCUCAGAAAAAGGGAAAUUUUGUCCAUCUGAAGAAGAAUAUUGGUGAUACCUCUUCAUGCUGAGUAAUGUCGUUAGAUUUAGUCUUAGUGAAAUGUAGGGUAAGUUUGGUAAUUGUUUUGUGUGUGUAAUAGAUCUGGGGUUGUCUUGCAACACUUCUCUUUAAUGUUAAUGGAGCUAUUAACUAUGGGGCCCUUCAUCCCCCUUUUCCUAUCAAAGAAGACAAUGUACUCCGUUUAAUCAAUGAAACGUUUUACUGAUCACUUUACUGAUGAUACGAGAGGAUAAACUUCCACUUUCCCAUUCAGAUCCAAUCCGUUUAAAAUAUGAAUGGCGAAGGAUUUCAUUUGAGUUAACUGAAGUGUUUUACAGACUGACUGAUAAUGAAAAGACUAAAAAAGAAAAAAAAGAAAAAGGAGAUUUCUUUUUUCCAGGUAGCCUACAGUAUAAUGCGCUUGUGUAUAGCGCUUCAUAUGAAAGAGGAAGCACGGAAGUAAAUAUUUAUUACUAUUUCCUCAUAGACUUGGAUUUUCCCAGAUGAUGGAUACGACAGGUAUAAAUUCGCGAGUAGCCUACUUAAGAAAAACUAUAACAGUCAGGCCCGACGCAACCUGAGCACUGAACUUGAUUGAGCAUCUCUGCGGGUCACCUAAGUUUUGAUAAUAAAGCUCGAAUAAAUUAUGCGGUCUCCGCUGUUUUUUGGAAUAUUUUUCUUGUUGUUGUCGGAGAACAUCGUGAAAGGAAAGAAUUUGGGAUGUUUCAGUGAAUGUGAACAUGGGUUCAAGAAGCUUCACAACAAGCUACUUCACUCUUUGCAUGAUCACAAACACGCGCGUCUGCCGCCCGUCCAUCACAAGGCGGGCUCCUGUGGAGAUUUCGCCCGGCUUUCAUCAGCGCUCAAUGAUCGCUCACUGUCCCCCUGGCGGAUAAGAACUGUGGAAAAUCCAGACAUGUACCCCUCAAAAUACGAAGAAGCAGAGUGUUUGUGUGAUGGAUGCAUCAUUAACGGGGUUGAAAAUAGGACCUACAACUCUGUGCCUGUGAAAGCAAACUCGUUUAUUCCUGAAGAAGGUUCCUUGCCCGUCUGACCCCAAAAAAUACUCCUUAGAGUAUAAACUUGUGUCAGUGACUGUAGCCUGUACCUGUGCA